UGACACUCUCCUUACAGUAAAAUACCAAUAUGGUAGAAGCGGUGGGUCUUGCGCGGUAACUAAAGCAACAUAACACAGGAGCACACUGUCAAAUUCAACACUAAUCAGUACAAGACCGCAGCGAUGAGGGAGAGACAGAAGAAAAAGAAGGGGAGGACAUGGGCAGAAGCUGCUAAAACGGUAUUGGAAAAGUACCCGAACACACCCAUGAGCCACAAAGAGAUCCUACAGGUGAUCCAGAGGGAGAGACUGAAAGAAAUCAGAAGUGGUACUUCCCCGCUGGCAUGUCUUAAUGCUAUGCUCCACACCAACUCUCGCAGUGAAGAAGGGAUCUUUUACAAAGUACCUGGACGAAUGGGGGUCUACACACUGAAGAAGGACAUUGGGGACGUGGUGAAGGAACUGUCUGAGGAGGGGUCGGAUGUGAAUGAGCUGUCUGAGGGCUCAGAGGAGCUGUCUGAGGAGGGGUCGGAGGUGAAGGAGCUGUCUGAGGAGGGGUCGGAGGAGGGCGGUAGUGAUAAUCUGUCUGAUUCCCAGAGAAGCACAGAGAACAACAACUACAACGCUAACAACCAGGAGGGCAGGAGGGGACGGUGGAGGAGGAGAGGGCCUUCCAAGCUGCCGCCUGAUCCGUUGUCUCCUCAGCCGCGCUGUUCAUCUCCCUCUGUCCCCAGCAGCAAGCUCAUCUCUCCUUCACAGAAACACUGCAAGAAGGCCCUCAAACAGGCCCUGAAGCAGCAGCAGCAGAGGAACCAGCGGAGACAAGGGGGCAUGCCCACAACCUCCAGCCCUAGACUACUGCUUAAGACGGACACCAUUGCCACUAAGUCCGACUCCUGUCCUGCUGCUGGUACCAGGAAGAUGUCCCAGAGGUCCAGUCGACUCAGUGCACGGCAACUGAAGCGUACCAAGUGUGCAGAGAUAGACGUUGAGACACCAGACUCUAUCCUGGUUAACACCAAUCUGCGUGCCCUGAUCAACAAACACACCUUCUCUGUUCUGCCCACAGAGUGCCAAGAGAGGCUACUGACGCUACUGCCUGAGGUCGACCAACAGGCCUGUAUGGAUGGUCUGUUGAAGGUAACCAGUUCUGCCUUAAACAAUGAGUUUUUCACAUCAGCAGCUCAGUCCUGGAAGGAACGACUGGCGGAAGGUGAGUUCACUCCUGAGUUGCAGCUGAGAAUGCGUCAGGAGAUUGAGAAGGGGAAGAAGGUGGAGCAUUGGAAGGAGAGCUUCUUUGAGAACUACUAUGGUGAAAACUCUGGACUCAGCUUAGAGGAAUCCAAAGAGCUGCUUGAGUCUGGUCUCAGUUUGGAGCUCUCAGCCACCAAAGCCCAGUCGUCUCCUCCAUCACAGCCACGUCCUGCUGGCCAAGUACUGCAAGACACCAAGAUCCCAUCGAACAGCUGCCAGACUCGCUCUUCAGAGAGGAGGCUCCGAUCAUCAUCACUGCCCAUAAACCCGACAUGUAAACCCAUAGAACCUACCAAGUCAAGGCCAGAGCCUGUUCAAGAGGAAACAGUAGCAGUCCCACCCGUUGUACUACCGGUGCUGCCAGUAAAGAUCGUUCAGAAGACACUGGAGGUUGAGUACCCCAGACACAGGACUCGUAGUAGAGGUUUAUCCCUACCUAUAGAGGCAGUGGAGGCAGCUCUUGUGCGGAGACAUGAUGUGGUGGAUUCAACCUCAACGGUUACUCCACUUGGAGAGAAGCAGAAGGAGGAAGAUGAGGAGCAGGAUUUGAAAGAAGCCCAGCCAGACACCCCCCAGUACCCUGAGAUCCCCCCGUCCCCUGAGAACCCCCCGUCCCCUGAGAUCCCCCGUCCCCUGAGAUCCCCCAUCCCACCGUCCCCUGAGAUCCCACCGUCCCCUGAGAUCCCCCAUCCCCCGUACCCUGAGAUCCCACCAUCCCCUGCCCAGGAGAGUCAUCCAGAGGUCUGCCCCCAGAUUAAGCUCAGUUCAUCACUGCCCAUCGACCUUCCAGAGCCUCUGGGCGUGGACAAGCAUAGUGGGGAGAGGAGGGAAGAUGUUGACGUUACACCAGAGAGAGAAGCCUCAGCCCCUGUGUCAGUCACCUCUGUAUCCGCCCCUGUAUCCACCCCUGGAACCACACCUGUACCCACCACCCCAUCCCCGGAGCCGUUGAAAAGGAAGUCCUCGUCCAGUGAACAGGAAGUAGAGCUGACUCCAGAGAAGAGGGCCCGCAUCACUCCACCAGCAGUAUCUGUGGUAACCUCUCCAGCAGCCACAGUAACAACAGCACAGAGAGUGCCUCCGCUUCAGAUUACUGUGUCGCAAAUCCUAUCAGUCCCAGUCCUUGUGUCUCCAACCCAGGUGUCCCCUAGGACACCUCUCCCUGUCUCCCUCAGUCCCAGUCCUAGCCCUGGUCCUAGCCCUGGUCCUAGCCCUGGACGCAUUGGUGCUCGCACUCUGGCUGACAUCAAGGCUAAAGCCCAGCUAGCCCGGACCCAACGUGCAGCAGCAGCUGCAGCGAGCUCCUUCUCUAAAGGUGCAGUACCAGGCCCAGGACCAGGAGGAGGCAGUGGAGAGCAAGGAAACCAUAGAGCUUCAGCCCAGACCCUCCUCCACUCCAGAACCUCCUCCUCCACCCAAAGCUCCACCCAAUCUCAGUCAACCACCAAGCUGCCAGCAAGCAGCACCAUUGGUCAAUCUACCUGUCAAUCACCCGAUACAGUCACCACACCAGCCCACUCCAGUUCUGUCCAAUCAGGCUCCUCUGUGCCCUUUGACCUUAGCCUGUCUCAAAGAUGCUCCAAUACCAGCAGAGUGUCUCUCACUGAUGACCGACAGAGAGGCUACUCUGCUGGUAACAUGGGCCCAGGUUUUCUGAUGAGGCCUCAACAUGGGAACACUCAACUUAUAUCACACCCAUCAGGUCCCCAGUCAACCUCUAGCCUCACUUCAUCUGUGUGUGAUGUGAAGAGCCAGUAUGUAUCUGGAGGCUCCAUGGCAGCCAGGGCUAGCCACUUCAUCCCAGCCAACAACCCCCUGGUCACGUCUCUCCUCCAGGGGAAAGAGGUCCCUCUGGAACAGAUCCUCCCCAAGCCGCUGGACAAGGCAGAGGUCCAGCUGGCCCAGGCCAAACCCUCCCAUGAUGACAAAUGGAAGAUAAAGUCCCACAGCACAGCUGGGACAGCCAGUGGUGAAAGCCAGAGUCAGUACCUACACUCUGGUGGUGUGGAGGACAACAGUAGAUCCAAACAGCAAGGAUCUAUAGGCCGCUCCCCCUCCACCAUACCUGGAACAAGAGCAGGUAAGUUGGCAGAGCUCCAGCACCAUCAAAGGGAAACACCUAACAAAGACAUCCAGGAGCAGAUCCUCAGGGCUCUGAUGCAGAGGGCCACCCAGCAGCACCAGAACCAGCCGUAUGGGGUCUCAGGCGAGGCUCAGCGUGCCCAGUUUGGAGCCUGCAAUCUAGGGCACCAGGAGGAGUGUGGGGACCAUCCCCGGUUCUCCGCUGGGUUCCCUGGAAGGAAGAGGAUGUCCAGGCCUGCCAUGUCAGGGCACUAUCUCCUCAAUGUUUCCACGUACGGGCGAGGCUCAGAGAGCAGUAAACGCUCCCACCCAUUGGCUACCGCCAACACCUCACUGACCCCUCUGGCCAAUCUGAAGAGAGAACACACAGAGGGAGAGGUGCUGGCUAACGAUGGGGAGGAGUCCGUGGAGAAUAAGCCUCAUUCUCAUUCUAACUCAGCCGGAGGAGUCAAGAUGGAACAGCAGGGCUUCUCAAUCACAAAAAUGGGUGAAGCUCUGGGCUUUCAGCGCUGUUCCAGGAUAAAGUCUGAGUUUCCAUCAGUGGAGGGCUGUCUACCGGAACGGCACAACAACAGUUUAGCCAGUACAGAGAGAGACAGUGGCACUUCUGCAAGAGCCAAAGAAACCAACCUUUUCACCCAAUCACAGCACAGGAGGCACCUGGAACUUUGCAAUAGUAAACAGGGUGGUCAUUCUGAGCCAUAUCGGGUAUCUGUAUCUCCCCACAUGGGGACCGUGGACCCCAGUCACACCAGUACUUACCAGCAUCCGUCUGCCUUUCAAACCCAGAGACCUCCAAUCAAUAAUCAGGAAUCCAUGGUGGGGUCCUGCUACAGUGGCACCAUCAGCAUGUCUGUACCUCACACUCUGAGUCUGAACCACAGUGCUGCUGUUUCAGGUAGCGCUUCCAGCACCUCCCUCUCUGUGUCAGGUAGUGGUGGGGACAGCGGCAGUGGCACCGGCAGUGUCAUGUCUUUCUCAGUGACCGUCACUACCAUACCUGCCGGUCACCCUUUGGACCACAUAAACCAGGGGGAGGGGUCUCCAGAGCAGGGGUGUAUGGAGGGAUCUGGUAUAGAGGACGUUCAGUCGAAAUGCUACUGCCGACUCAAAGCUAUGAUCAUGUGUAAAGGGUGUGGGGCCUUCUGCCAUGACGAUUGCAUUGGCCCUUCGAAACUCUGUGUCUCAUGUCUAGUGGUACGAUAAAACAAAUGUUAGAAAUGUAGAAAUGAUUUGUUUCAAAUCUUUAUUGUUGCACCAAGGAACAAGUCAGCAUCAAGUAAUCUACCAUUGUCAAGAAGUAGUUACCAGCAGGGUUGGGGUCAAUUUGAUUUCAGUUCAGGAAGUAAACUGAUUUGAUUUCCGAUUCUAAUUUUCUCACAGAAAAAAGGGGGAAUUGCAAAGUCAGUUUAUUUCUUGAAUUGAUUCAAUUGAAGUGGAAUUGACCCGAACCAUGGUUACCAGGGUAAAAUGCACAGUGGCCAUACUAAACCCAACCCAUGGUUUUCAGUGGAGAGGCAAAGCAUUUACGCUAGACGAUCAUAGUCUUGUUUAAUCUGUUCCAUCUCAGAAAGACUGGUUUGUUUUGGGCAAUUCACAGUAGUAGUUUUGUUUUGAACAGUUCAAAUCAAAUCUGCACCUUUCAGACUUGAGACAUGUUGAAUCUUGGCAAUACUUUGCACUUGGACAUGUUAUUGUUCUAUAUUUUUGUAAAGAUAGUUUAGAUUUUUAAAAGGAAAGAAAAGAAUGAAUGUUGCUAUUUUUGUAGAACGUAAUAACACUGUUGUUAUGUUAAAGACUGCCACUCCUUCUUGUGGAGUUUAUGUUGUGAUGUUUUAAAAGGUGAAGAAGGGAGUUCAAUGGGGUUUGCGUGUAGGUGAGGGAGUACAAAUAUACUGAUUUAUAUCGAUUUUAAAGGUUGCAAUCAAUCAUUUACAUAUUUACAGUACUAGAAACAGUCUUACAGAUAUAUAACAAGAGAAUAGAUAUUUGAAAUUAUUAUUUUGAUUAUAAAAAAUGUCACAAUUAUUGCACUUAGCUUUUCUAAGUACUAACACUUACUGGGCAAAGGACUUGAAUGACAGCUCUACUGAGUGUAUACUGUACACUAUACAUGUAGUGUACACUGUACAUGUAGUGCACACUAUACAAGUAGUGUACAGCCUUCGUACUCUUAACAUGGUGUUGAAAAGUUAAAGCACUUCACUGAUAAAUAGUGCCCUUCGAGGAGCAAGCUGAGUAGCCUGGUUCCAGAUCUGUUUGUAUUGUUUUAAGACAGUGGCCAUAGGAGUUGUCAAUACAGUACUAACAGAUCUGCGGCAAGGCUACUAAUUAAGAUCUUUCCCAUUUCAGUCUAAGGUCAUUGGUGAAGUUUUACCGACACCGUGAACCUUCAUUGAACCUUGACUGAAAGAUAUUCUGUCUCAUUAUGUUUCAUACGUGGAUGCUUGUUUGUGGAUAGCAACGUAACCAUUAGCCCUGAUGUACAGUUAAAACACUCAGAGAAAGAAGGGAGUAAAAUGUAUUAUUCUUUUGCUUUUUAAAUAUUGUCUUUAAGCUAUAUUUAGAAAUGAAUUCUCUAUCUAAGCUUUAUGUACGUUGCUUCAGCAUAUCCAACAUUAUAUCCAAUGUUAUAUGUUUUUAUUGCAAAACAGUUUAUAUCUCUAAAAGAAACUACGCAAAAAUGUGUAUUUAAACGCUAAAUGCUGUACUAUCAAGAAACCAUUCAAAGUAUAGGUGAUAGAGAGGUACAGUUUACUACAUAUAAAGCAAAGGCACAUAAUAUUGGUAUGCAUGGUGAUUGCAAUUAUAAAAUCUAAAUGUAUCAAUCAUAUUUUUGAAUGAUCUGACUAAAACUAAAGAUAGUUGCUGAGUACCGGUAUAUUUUAUAGAAAUAAUUUCCAUGGGAACAUGCCAAAGUCACCUCAUGAAAACUAAAAGAUCAGAUCUCGUUUUUAAAUGUCUGACUAGUUAAAGAAAUUAAUAUAUUUAAGUCAUAUAUUUUAAUAUAAAAAAAAUCUAUUUACAAAUCUUUUUUUUUUAAGAACAGGGUAUUUUUUUUCAACGUUUUUGUUUGAGUGGGACAGACCAAUUACUUUUGUAACAAAAAAAAAUCCCCAGGUUUUCUGAUUCUGUAUGUCCUUUUCCACUGAAUUUAUCCCUCUGAACUGAAUGCUCUUGUAAUGACUUUGGUUAAUAAGGAUCUUUGUUUUAUGUCUUACACAUAUUUUCUGCAUUAACUAUGUGCUUUAUUUAGGGAAAAAUUAAUGCCUGUAAAUUAACAAUACAAUUUCAUGGCACCGUUUGUAAGUGGUCGGUGGAUUGGAUCCAGGCCCUGUGUGUGCGUGUGUGUCACAUUAUUCUCAAAAGGUUCGAAGUCUACGUCCCAAAUAACACCCUAUUCCUUUAUAAUGUUGGGAAUAGGGCGCCAAUUGGGAAGCAACCAAAUGGUUCAUAAAUGGAGGGUUCAUAUUUUGUAAGGAUAUAAAAGAGACCUUAUAUUUAUGAUUUCCCCUCUAUCGUUGCAAACUUUUAAUGAAGUUUAGUAUUGAGUAAAAAUGGUUUUAAAAACAACAAAAGUUCUGUUGACUGACUUGUGAUGGUGACUGGAUUGCAAAGAGAAAGUUGUUUUUACCUACUGUACAUUUUGUAAACAGGCAGCUGACGUCUUUAUUGAUGAAUAAUUGGUUUAGUAGCCUACUCAACUUUGUCCUUUUUCUCAAACCUUGAUUUACUUUUUUAAUAAGCAAUUGAUAGCCUAAAUUCAGAGGGAUAUAUUGAUUAGAUUUAUUUUGAAACCUAAGGACAAAGAAUAAAGGUUGAGGAUAGAUUUGGAGGAAAAGUGUUUUCUAAGUGUCAUCGAGGAAUCAAUAAUGGUUUGAAAAUUUCUGUCUGUUUGUCUUGUGAAGGGUGCAGUCCCCUCAGUCUGUCAUUUUUGCUGUUUUUAGAUUUUAAACUCUCCAUUUCAAAAUGCAGGUGAAUGUAAUAUAGUAAUCAGCACUUGUCAACAAAGAAUAAAUAACAAUGAGAAAACA